AUGAGACUUUGGGUGAUUGCUCAGGCACCAGCUUUUCACAGUGAUGUUAACAAGGAUCUUACUAAGCACAAUUCUGCUCCCAAUGCUCUGCGCAGACACGGCCGGGUGACUGAAGUUAUUCAGAGGCUGCCAGCCCGGCCCAGGGAGCUGCAAAGCCACAUAGGACCACGCUGGACCAGCCAAUCAGAGCCUCCAGAGGACCGGCCAGUCAGAUUGGUGGGUUCCUCCGGGGGGCAGACUUCUGGUUCAGCAUUUCUGAGGAAGUCGGAAGUUUCCUCGGCGCUGAACCUUGAGCUGCAUUGUGGGGAGAGCUCGGAUCGUUCUGGCAGCCGCAGCAUGGUGAGCGAGGGGUUGCGCUCCACAAACGGGGAAGAGCGGUGGACCACGAAUGCAGUGACCUAUGAUGAUGUGUAUGUUGACUUCACUUGGGAAGAGUGGUCUUUGCUGGAUCCUUCCCAGAAGAAUCUCUACAGAGAUGUGAUGCUAGAGACCUACAGGAACCUCACUGCUAUAGGCUGCAAAUGGGAAGAUCAUAAUUUUGAAGAACGUCAAAGUUCUAGAAGACCUGGAAGGAAUGAAAGAAGCCAUACUGGAGAGAAACCUUCUGAAUAUACUCAAAGUGUUGAAGCUUAUGUUUAUAAUAAUCAGCUUCAAAGGCAUGAAAGAAUCCAUACUGGAGAGAAACGCUAUGAAUGUGAUCAGUGUGGUAAAACUUAUGUAUGCAACAGGAAUCUUCUAAGGCAUAAAAUAACACAUACUGGAGAAAAACCCUAUAAAUGUAAUCAUUGUGGUAAGGCCUUUUCACGUGACAGUAGUCUCCAAAUGCAUAAAAUAAUACAUAGUGAAGAGAAACCAUAUGAAUGUAAUAAAUGUGGUAAGGCCUUUUUACGUGACAGUAUUCUCCAAGCACAUAAAAGAAUACAUACUGGAGAGAAACCCUAUGAAUGUAAUCAAUGUGGCAAAGCCUUUUCAUUUCACAGUUAUCUCACAACACAUAAAAGAAUACAUACGGGUGUGAAACCCUACGAAUGUAAUCAAUGUGGUAAAACCUUUGCACAGCACAGUCGUCUUCUAAUGCAUAGAAGAACACAUACUGGAGAGAAACCCUUUGAAUGUAACCAAUGUGGUAAAGCCUUUGCAUUUCACAGUUAUCUCCGAAUACAUAAAAGAAUACAUACUGGAGAGAAACCCUAUGAAUGUAAUCAAUGUGGUAAAGCCUUUGCUCAACACAAUCAUCUUCUAAUGCAUAGACGAAAACAUACUGGUGAGAAACCCUAUGAAUGUAAUCAAUGUGGUAAGGCCUUUGCAUGUCACAGUAGGCUUCAAACACAUAAAAGAACACAUACUGGAGAGAAACCCUAUGAAUGUAAUCAAUGUGGUAAGGUUAAUCAUUACAUGGGCAAAGCAGUCCACAAGAAAUACAAAGCUGCCCACUCUUCCACUAAUGCAGGCCUGCAGGAAAAACAAAGAAUCAGGCCUGGAGAGAUGGACUGA